AUGCCUACUUACUUUUAUGACAAUUCAUUACCUGUGGAUGUUGCUUUAGUGUCCGUCAGUUCACCAGACAAACACGGCUUCUGCACUUUAGGAGUAAACGUAGACACUGCAAAAGCUGCUCUAGAAAUGGCAAAAAAAGUGAUAGCGCUCGUUAGUCCAAAAAUACCACGUACUCAUGGCAAUUCUAUCGUACAUCAGUCUCAUUUUGACUACAUUGUGGAAAGCAACCAUGCACUCCAUGGAAUAACCAGCGAACAGCCUCUGUCGCAGGAGGAGAUGAAAAUCGGGCAACUCAUCGCUGAAAAUUUAGUGGACAAUGGAGCUACACUUCAGCUAGGUAUCGGCGCCAUCCCAGAUUCGACACUCAUUUCUAUGAAACAACACAAAGAUUUGGGAAUUCACACUGAAAUGCUGGGGCACAACGUAGUUGAUCUUAUCGAGCUAGGAGUUGUUAACAAUGCAAAGAAGACAGUCAUGCCUGGAAGGGUCGUAACGAGUUUUGCAUUCGGUACUGAGAAGCUUUACGAAUAUCUUCAUAAUAAUUCCAUGUUUCAUUUUGACUGCUGCGGCUGGACGAACCGUGCCGAGGUUAUUCGGUCCAAUUCGAGGAUGACAUCUAUAAAUUCGGGAUUCGGUGGACAAACUGACUUCGUAACCGCUACUCCUACAGCAUAUGAUGGCUUGGGGAAAUCCAUUAUGGCAUUACCGUCUAGAACAAGCAGGGGACGGUCUAGAAUUACGGUUGCUUUGACUACGGGAGCCGGUGUAGUAACGACACGAGGACACACUCGCUACGUAGUCACCGAGCAAGGCAUCGCCAGUCUCGGUGGAAAGAACGUCCGACAACGAGCCUAUGAGUUAAUAAAGAUUGCUCACCCGGACGAUCGAGAGCAACUGGAGAAGGCCUCAUUUGAAAGGCUCAAAUGCAUGCCUUCACCUGAUUAA